AUGUCCCCAACGAAUACCUUCAAGUUCCGCCCCGCCACCCUUGCGGCUGGUGACGACCGCUGGUUCGUCGAAGCUUGGGAUUCCACACUUCCCUACCUCGCUUCGAUUGGGAGUACAAGUCAAUGGCAAUAUAUUCCUAGCAACCUACCCGGCGCUGUCAGCAAAGUUAAGAAGAUGGUAGAAGACAGCGAUUUAUCCUCCCAAAAGUAUCCCAUUUCAUCCCCGGAGGUACUAUCGGAGCAUGGAGUGCCACCGUUAGACUGGGAUAAGGCCUAUGUAGCAGAAAUCGAUAUCAAAAGGGAGGAUAUACCUAUCGCAUUGGCAGACAGAUACUCGAACGAACAAGGAGAGAUAGUUACUAUACCCGUCGGAGCAAUGGUACUUCAGGGAAGGUCACCGGAGUACGUUCGUUCGGUGAUACCGGAGCAGGAUGAGAAGGAUCCGUUCAUUUUUCUUGCUUUCCUGAUGACAGACCAUAGGGCUGGGAAACUUGCUAAAGGGUCAGGCUCGGCGCUGCUUAAUAUUGCCAAGGAGGAGGUGAAAAGGUUGGGGUUGAAGAGACUUUGUGGAGAUUGUUGGAGGGGCAAUGGAAGGAGGUUGGUAGGGUAUUAUGAUGGCCAGGGGCUUAAAGCUAUCGGAGACUUCGAUGUACCCAAGAAUGAACAAGAUUCGUGGGAAGGCGCUGUCACAGAGUGGAGAGCAUAG